UCAAAUCAUGACAUCAGUGAUCUUCAKGUCGGAAAGUCGGAGUUCUAGAAAGAGGCCCGAGUUUCCAAACUUUUUUCGGAGCUCUUGGCUGACAACGUUACGAAAAUGAUCCACCCGCAUCGAUGUGGCCCAGAAGCCGUGCGUUAUUAAGAUUCUGAGUGGUCAGAUAGCUAGUAACAAUGAAAUGAAGCUGGCAUGUGGGGAAUCGUGUUUCAUGUGAGCCUGGUAUGAUCUGUCCUCAGUACUAUUUACACUGGAAGAAAAAAGGCCUGCCCAUUGGCAGAUGGUAUCCUUAUUCGACUUGGCUUCCUUUGGGAGAGGCUAACUGUGUGGCAGUAUGUCAAAUGGGAACGAGUCCUGCAUGUUCAGAGAUGGAGCGGAGUUUGUGGCCUGCAUCUUCCACGCAUUUGAGGAAUGGUCAGGACUAGGACCCCUGGAAGACUAUCUGAGCUAUCUGGAGUACCUGGCCUGGGUUUUCACACCUCUGGUUGUUGUUUUCAUCCUGCCCUUCCUCAUUGUGAUCCUCCUCUACCUCUCCAUACUCUUCCUCCAUGUGUACAAACACAAGAACCAGCUCAGGGAGGCCUACUCCAACAACCUGUGGGAUGGUGCUAGGAAAACUCUGGCAACGUUGUGGGAUGGCCACGGGUUCAUAUGGCACGGAUAUGAAAUCCAUGGUAUGGAGAAGAUUCCAGAUGAAGGAGCAGCUCUUAUAGUCUAUUAUCAUGGGGCUAUUCCCAUCGACUAUUAUUACCUUCUGGCAAAUGUUAUCAUUCAGAAGGGACGGAUUGUUCACUCAGUCGCUGAUCACUUUCUGUUCAAAGUUCCAGGGUUCAAGCUGCUGUUGGAGGUGUUUAGUGUGAUCCAUGGGCCCCAGGAAGAGUGUGUGAAGGCACUGAAAAGUGGCCACCUCCUGGGCAUCUCACCUGGAGGCGUGAGGGAGGCGCUCCUCAGUGACGAGACCUAUCCACUGCUCUGGGGGAAGAGGAAGGGCUUCGCACAAGUGGCUAUCGAUUCCAAAGUGCCAAUAAUUCCAAUGUUUACUCAAAACGUCAGGGAAGGAUUCCGAUCUCUCGGCGGGUUAAGCUUUUUCAGAUGGUCGUAUGAAAAAUUCCGCGUGCCGAUGGCCCCUGUCUAUGGGGGUUUUCCUGUGAAGUUUCGUACAUACUUAGGUGACCCCAUCCCAUAUGACCCUAACAUUAGUGCAGCAGAGUUAGCUGAAAAGACCAAACAAGCAGUUCAAGCACUCAUUGACAGACACCAAAUGAUUCCUGGGAAUGUCCUUCGAGCACUACUAGAGCGAUUCCACAGCAGGCAGAAAGAAAAAUAGCCUUUUGAAUAGCCAUAAGGAAUAGCCUUUUUUUGUUUGUUAUAUGAAGCAGUUACAUAUUUUUAAGACAAACUGUUACAUAUUGAAAGUAUUAUCAUGUGAUCAGUUGAAUGGUUAACUACAGAUUUGGAUCUUAAUUUGAGCCAGUCUCCUAUAGCAGGAAAAUAAUCCUGUAGAUUAUUAUUAAUGGACAUUUUUGUAGGG